AUGGUGCUCCUCGUCCCUGGUGAAUUUGAUCGAGCGGACGGCCUCUCCUCCCCUCGGAGCGGGUGGGUGAACGGGCCCAUCGUCCUCAGCGCCGGGCCGGCGGGCAUCGUCCUGGCCGAGAUGUUCCGGGAGCAGGGCGUGCCCUUCGUCGUCCCGGAGCCCGACGACAACUGCAUCACCUCCUUCUGGCAGAGGCGCGUCUACGACCGCCUCCGACUGCACCUCCAGUUCUGCCACCGCCGCCAGCUUGCCGAGCACCUCGAGAUCUGCCCCACCAAGCUCGACAUCGAGCAGGAGCUCCGCGGCGGGAGAUCGGCGGCACCGUCGUGCGCCCCGCCGUGGCCAGCUCCUCGGGGGCCGGCCGGUCGCUCGUCGUCGCGGCCGCCGCGUGCGGGACGUCCCUGGCCAGGCAUGCUCUGGGGACGCUGUGAUCGAGAUCCACGGCAGCGAGGGCCGGCCCGGCGAUCGAGCCGCCAGGCGUAA